UACUGACUUGCAUUUCCCCAGUCGACUCCUUUAUAGCUCCCUGGUUCCGCUCCAAGGCCUGGAGGUUUUGGCAGCUCUGGAGGACAAGGGAGGACAUGGCCAGGGGCCCUUGCAACGCGCCAAGAUGGGCCUCCCUGCUGGUGCUGGUCGUCGUGGGCACAGCCGUGGCAGCAGCCAUCAACCCUGGCGUCGUGGUCAGAAUCUCCCAGAAGGGCCUGGACUACGCCACCCAGCAGGGGACGGCCGCACUGCAGAAGGAGCUGGAGAGGAUCAAGAUUCCUGACUACUCAGGAAGCUUUAAGAUCAAGCUUCUUGGGAAAGGGCAUUAUAGCUUCUACAGCAUGGACAUCCGUGAAUUCCAGCUUCCCAGUGCCCAGAUAAGAAUGGUGCCCAAUGUGGGCCUUAAGUUCUCCAUCAGCAACGCCAAUAUCAAGAUCAGUGGGAAGUGGAAGGCACGCAAAAGUUUCUUAAAAACGAGCGGCGAGUUUGACCUGAGUAUAGGUGGCAUGUCCAUUUCGGCUGAUCUGAUGCUGGGCAGUAACCUGACGUCAGGCAAGCCCACCGUCACCUGCGCCAGCUGCAGCAGCCACAUCAGCAGUGUCCACGUGCACAUCUCAAACAGCAAAGUGGGGUGGCUGAUCCAACUCUUCCACAAAAAAAUUGAGUCUGCGCUUCGAAACAAGUUGAACAGCCAGGUCUGCCAGAAAGUGACCAGCUCUGUAUCCUCUGAGCUGCAACCGUAUUUCCAGACUCUACCAGUGAUGACCAAAAUAGAUGCUGUGGCUGGAAUCGACUAUGGUCUGGUGGCACCUCCAACAAUCACAGCUGAGACCCUGGACGCACAGAUGAAGGGGGAGUUUUACCGUCUGAACCACCACAAUCCACCUCCCUUUGCUCCACCAGUGAUGGAGUUUCCCGCUGUCCACGACCACAUGGUAUACCUGGGCCUCUCUGACUAUUUCUUCAACACAGCUGGGCUUGUAUACCAAGAGGCUGGGGUCUUGAAGAUGACCCUUACAGAUGACAUGAUUCCAAAGGAGUCCAGAUUUCGACUGACAACCAAAUUCUUUGGAAGCUUCCUACCCGAGGUGGCCAAGAUGUUUCCCAACAUGAAGAUGCAGAUCCACAUCUCAGCCUCUGUCCCGCCGCAACUGUCCGUGCAGCCCACCGGCCUCACCUUCUUCCCUGCCCUGGACAUCCAGGCCUUUGCCGUCCUCGCCAACUCCUCCCUGGCUUCUCUCUUCCUGAUCGGCAUGAGCACGCAUGGUUCCCUGGAGGUCAGCGCCAGGUCCGACAGGCUUGUUGGAGAGCUCAACGUAGAUAGGCUGCUCCUGGAACUGAAGCACUCCACUAUCGGCCCCUUCCCGGUUGAAUUGCUGCAGGAUAUCAUGAACUACAUUGUACCCACCCUUGUGCUGCCCAGGGUUAACGAGAGGCUGCAGAAAGGCUUCCCUCUCCCGAUGCCUGCCAGGGUCCAGUUCUACAACAUGGUGCUUCAGCCUCACCAGAACUUCCUGCUGUUUGGUGCAGAUGUUGUCUAUAAAUGAAGGCGCCAGGGGUGCUGGGGGCUCUCAGCUGCACCUGUUCCUGAUGGGCCGUGGGGCACAAGCUGCCUUUCCCCAGGGAAUCCUCUCCGGAUCUUAACCAAGAGCCUCUUGCAAAUUUCCUCAGUUUCAGAAAUGAUCUAAACAUGAGGAAACCUCAUUCACUGGAAGUGUGUGGUGUGUAUUUUAGGGUUAUGAGCUUCUUUCAAGGGCUAAGGCUGCACAGAUAUUUCCUCCAGGAAUUCUGUUUCAGUUGUAACCAAGAAAUUUCCAUUUGUGCUUCAUGAAAAAAAACUUCUGGCUUUUUUCCUGUGGA